AUGCCAGUCACAAAGAACAAGGAGGCCGAGACCCAGGUCCCGACCCCGGCCGAGGAGAAGAAGCAGCCCCAAGUCUCCGCCCCCGAGGCCGCGGGCGCCGACCCGCAGACCGUGCCCCGGUCCGCCGCCGCCGGCGUCGUCAACAAGAAGGGUGAGAUCGUCGACGAGUCGGGCAAGGCCAUCGGCAAGGUCUCCGACUCCAAGGACCUGCAGAGCCUCGUCGGCAGCUCCGUCACCGCCGCCGGAGAUGUCGUCAACGAGUCGGGCGACGUCCUCGGCAAGGCCUCGCUCGACAGCGAGUACACCACCCAGGCCACUGAGGACGCCAAGGAGACCACCGGCGGCUGGAACGUCCUCGGCAAGGCCAAGGGCGCCGCCCAGACCGUGAGCAGUCUCUCCGGCAAGAAGGGUGAUGAUGCUGAGACGAAGAAGCCGUCAAGCGGCGGCGACGACGACACGCCGGCCGAGUCCGUCAAGGACGACGCCAGCAAGGCCACCGAGUCCGUCAAGGACGAAGCCGGCAAGACCGCAGAGUCCGUCGACGACAAGGUGCCUCCCCCCGUCCAGCUCCAAGACAAGGAGGCCCCCCCAGCUGACGCCAAGUCUGCUGGCAAAAAGACCAAGGAGGAGAAGGAGACUGUCCACGGAGAUGAUACCCCCGCCGAGAAGGUUGGUCAGGAUGACCUGACCGAGCAGGCCCCCCAGCCCAUCGACGAGUCCGCCGAGGGCACCACCGAGGACGUCUCCAAGGCUGCAGGCGACAAGACCGAGCAGGCCAAGGACACCGCGGAGGAGACGAAGGCUACCACUGAAGAUGCCGCUGAGCAGACAAAGGACACUGCAGAGGACGCCACCGACGAGGCCAAGGAGCCCACAGACGAGGCCCAAGAGGCCGGCAAGGACAUCACAGACAAGGGCGAGGAUGCUGGUAAGGACAUCACCGACCAGGGUGAAGAUGCGGGCAAGGACAUCACAGACAAGGCCGAGGACGCAGGCAAGGAUGCGGGAGACGUCCCCGAGGGCGACAAACCCGGCGACGACCUCCCGGAGGGCCAGGACGCCAAGGACGCCGCCGAGGGUGUCACCAAGGAAGGUGAGGAGGCUGGCGAGGCCGCCCAAGACAAGGUCGAGGAGACCGGCGAGGAGGCCGCCAAGAAGGCCGAUGAGGCUGGUGAGGAGGCCGGCGAAAAGGCCGAGGAGGCCGCCGAGGAGGCGCCCAUCGACUUCUCCGUCCUCAAGGGCACCAAGGUCAACAAGGCCGGCAACCUCGUCAACGACAAGGGCGACAUCAUCGGACGCCUGUCCGAGGGCGACGCCAAGAAGCUGCAGGGCAAGACGGCCGACGAAGAGGGCAACAUCUGGAACGACGCCGGAAAGAUUGUCGGCAAGGCGGAGCCCAUUCCUGACAGCGAGCGCGAGAGCUCCAACAAGUCGUUCGCGCCGUUCGAAAAUUUCCCCGACGCCGUUGUCGAGGCCGACGGGCGCGUCAUGUCCGAGGGCCGCCAGGUCGGCACCGUCGUCGAGGGCGACCCCAAGCGCCUCAAGGGCAGCAAGGUGGACGAGGACGGCGACAUCCUCGACCGCCGCGGCAACGUGGUCGGCAAGGCCGAGGCGUGGGACGAGCCCGAGGAGGAGCCCGAGCAGGUCGUCGACCGCUCGGCGCUGGCGGGCAAGCGCGUCAACAAGAAGGGCAACGUGGUCGACUCCAACGGCACCAUCUUCGGGCGCGUCAUCGAGGGCAACGUCGCCGCGCUGGUCGGCCGCAUGUGCGACAAGGAGGGGAACAUCAUGAGCGAGUCGGGCGACAAGAUCGGCAAGGCCGAGCUGGUGCAGGAGGGCGAGCGCGAGGGCUCCAAGGACGGCCCCUUUGCCGAGCUCAAGGGCUGCACCGUCACCAAGGAGGGCAAGGUGGUGACGUCGUCGGGCGAGGUCGUCGGGCGGCUGACGUCGGGCGACGGCAAGACGCUCUACGGGCGGUCCGUCGACGAGGACGGCGACGUCGUCGACAAGAACGGCAACGUGGUGGGCAAGGCGGAGCGCUGGGAGGAGCCUGAGGUCGAGAAGCGGCGCGACCCCCUGGCGGGCCGCAAGGUCAACCGCGAGGGCAACGUGCUCGACGACGACGGCCACAUCCUCGGCAAGCUGACGAGCGGCGACGUCAGCAUCUGCUCGGGCAAGGAGGUCGACGACGACGGCGACGUGGUCAACUCCAAGGGCAACACGGUCGGCCACGUGACGCUGCUCGAGGACAUCCCCGGCGAGUCCGAGGAGGACAAGAAGACGCGCGAGCAGGCCGAGAAGGACCAGAAGCUGGCGGGCCAGCUCGCCGGCGCCAUCGAGCAGUCGCUCGAGAAGAUCCGCCCCAUCCUGACCAUGAUCACCAACAAGGUCGACACGGCCGAGAAGACGGACAAGGAGGACCUCGACGAGGAGCAGCUGGUCCGCGAGGUCAAGCCCCUCAUCGAGGAGGGCGCCAAGAUCCUGACCGAGACCAACGGCAUGAUCCGCGGCAUGGACCCUGACGGCCGCAUCCAGCGCAACGCCAAGCACAAGUCGGCGACCAAGGACGCGAGCCCGGAGGAGCACCACCUGGCCGACGUGCUCAAGGAGCUCACCGGAACCGUCACCCAGACCAUCGACAACGCCAAGCGCAAGAUCGACGGCAUGCCCCACGCCAAGAAGGAGCUCAACCCCCUCUGGGGCCUGCUCUCGGAGCCGCUCUUCCAGAUCCUCGCCGCCGUCGGCCUGCUGCUCAACGGCGUGCUCGGCCUCGUCGGCAAGCUCCUCAGCGGCCUGGGCCUCGGCGGGCUCGUCGACGGCCUGCUCGGCAGCCUGGGCCUCAACAAGAUCCUCGACGGGCUUGGCCUCGGCAGCGCGCUCAACGCCCUGACCGGCAAGAAGGACAAGGCCAAGAAAUAA